AUGUCCUUCCAUCCCCAGACCCCGCAGAGUCCCUCCCAGUUCUCCCCGAUCACCUCCGACCCGCUGUCCGGAACGUCAAACGCGUCGGUCGGGACAACUACAAACUCCAUCAACACCAACAUACACGGCGGCUCCUUCUCGUCCACCUCUGCGUCGGCCGCCACACCAUCUACGCUGCCGACGCCUGCACACAGUGUGAACGGCUCCGGCUCCGGCUUUGGCUCCGGCUUUGGUCCUGCCGACGCUGUUCACGGCAUGAGCCCCGGCGGCGCCGACUCCCCGCACAAGCGAAAACGACCACUCGACGACACAGGAGACCUCGGCCACGGGUCCAAAAAGGUCCACAUGGAGGGCCAGCAGCGACUGGACUUUGAGGCCCUGCACCAAGAUGUCGGAGAGAAGUAUCUUGUUUGCAAUAAGCCUCAUCGACCAUCGUUCCCUCCAUUGUCGGAAGACCUCUUUGAAAUGUUCAACCUGACGAGCAUCGCCGCCGAGGUCGCACGAACGCUACCCAACGGUGAGAAGAACGCGAUGCGCAAGACAUACAAGGGCUACAUGAAGAAGCUGGGCGUGUCUGGCCACUUUGAGCCCUUGAAACGGGACGAGGGCGACGAGAGCGAUUUCAUGCGUCUGAUCAGCGAGGCCGACGACUCUUGGCAAGCGCGACAGGUGAAGACAAAGGACAUCCACUACGGUUUGCUCGACGACGUCGAGGCCGAUUUGCGGCAAGCAAUGACCAUGAACAAGGGUCCCAUUCCCAAGGCCAUCUGGGACAGCUCCGUGCUGGGCGACCUCGCGCCGGAGAAGCUUGUGUCCAUUGGCGCACGGCCGUCGUCCGUCCGCGGCACAGCGCCCAACACACCGCUUCACCCGGCUGUUGCACGGUCAAAGGUACAGCCGCCGCUUUCCGCGGCUGCCGGCGGUGCUGGCAGUCCGGGCAGCCUGGACACAUCACGGCCGCGUCGCGUGAACAAGAAGCGGAGCUACGGCGAGAACAGCUUCGAGGGCUAUGGAGAAGGUUUCCCUGACGAUGACGGCGGUGACGGCGGCUAUUCCACAGGCGACGGCGACGGCCCGAGCCACAAGCGGAGAAAAAAGAAUGGCACGCCGACUGCCCAGUACAACUCGGCACCUGUGCGGCAGCAGAGCUAUGGACCUGGCAUGGUCGGCGCCUAA